AUGAGCUUCUACUCCAAGGUCUUCAGUCAGAGCUCGUUGGUGCCGUUGGCGAAAAUCGCCAGCGCACGGACUCGCACUCAACGCAUCAUCUGGGUCACCAUCACAGCUGCCAUGUUCAUGGGUCUGUGCAUCUGCAUAACGCUGGUGACACUGCAGUACUCCAAACACCAGACUGUCUUCCAGCUGGACUACUCGGGUCGUCACACGGUCUACGAUCAGACUCCCGGCAUCACCAUCUGCCCCGAGGGCAAGGAGAUGCUGCGUCUGUUUAAGCACGCCUCAAAGGCCAACGGCUGGCCGGAGACGAAUGUCAUUCCGCCCUGGGAGUAUCCACCCAUUACUGUGGCGUUGUUGAAGCUGAUAGCGGACGCAACGCAGGAGCCCCCAGGGGUCAUUGGUCACCAUCUGCCGCGGGGGAAGUUAAAGUGGGACACCUGGCAGACGGCGAAAUCGCCCAUCUAUCGCAAGUUGCACAACUUUUCGGUGCAAUUUCGAGUUAAACCGGCGCACUUGGAGGCCGCCUAUCAGAUUUUUGUUUUAGAGCAGGUACGUUAUUUGCUAAACCAGGUAGCUGUGCGUACGCUUUAUUGAGAACUGGUGUGGAACUGCUUUUUCCAAUCCUUCUAUUGUGAGCAAAAGACCCGUGGCACUCCACAUGUAGGCAAGGCCUAACCUACAGUGGGUGGGCUAACUCAUGAAAUGUUAACCGAAAUUCCGAAAAGCGUUUCAGUUUCCAAAACAUUACUUAGUAGCUUUGUAAAACAAAUAAUCAUGCAGAAUAAUUCUAUAAAAUUUCAGUUACCGCAGGGUGCCGGCUUUCGAAUAAAACUUACUUUCGGUUUAAUGCUGAAAAUAUAUUCUGUAAAAAAUGGCUACUUACGAGGCAUGCAUUUUUCUCAUCGAUUUUCGAUGCCUUUUUAAGUCCAGUUAUAUUUUAUGGAAAAUAUGCAUAAACUACUCCUUCUAUUGCUCACUCGGUAGAAAAAUAAAUGUUUUUCCAAUAUUAUACUCGAAGGAAUGGUAAUAUUUGGAUUUCAAAAACUUUUCCAUUCCCGAGUAAUUUUGAACUUGCUCUACCGUCACCUUUGGAUUCAGGGUUUCGAAACUACAAGCCGUAUAGUUUCCGCGUACGGAAAACCCCACAUUUCUCUUCGGUAAUAAAGGAGAAAAACAGGGUUUAUACAAUUCAGCAGUGGAUUUGAUCCAUAUUGGUAACUUUACAAGCCUCAUUGCUAAAUGCAGGGACACGACGAUUUAUAGACGGCCAUCUCACGGUAUUUAAAAGUUUCACAAUUAGAAACUUCUUUAAAACCGAAUAUUGUACCUCCUUCGAGUAUAACAUUAGAAGUAAACGUAAUUUUUACCGAAUGAGCAACAUAAUUAACAUUUCUAUGCAUGUUUUCCAUGAAAUAUAAUUGGAAAUUUAGGGGCAUCGAAAAUAAAUGAGAAAAAUUCACUCUACUUAAGUAGUCAUUUUCAGAGGAUAUAAUUUUUGCAUGCAGUCGAAAGAAGAUUUAUUCGAAAGCCGGCAGCCUGAGGUAAGUGAAAUGUUAUAGAAUUGUGCUGCAUAAUUACUAGGUUUACAACCCAACUAAAUUUAUCAUUUCAAAACGAAACCGCAUUUCGGGAUUUCUGUUGACAUUUCAUGAGUUACCUCAACUAGUGUACGUUAUAAAUAUAUUUGAGGCUAAAGUAUUUGCUGCAAUGGGGAAAAACCGAAACCGGCUGUUGUUUUUGAAGCUAAACCAAGGAGAAGUCUAAACAGAUAAAGAUGAAUUUUCCACUUUCUGUUUCUUUUAUCAGAUACGCGGAAAUGCAUUUUGUAAAAUAACAUCUGUAAACUGCAGUAAUUGCUGUGUAAUAGCAGUAGACUCGGUUGCCUUGAUGAUUGUCGAUUUUGUCCUCACACGGAGACUACUGUUCCACUUUCAAAUUAAUGCUGUGACCGGUACACCUUCCACUCAUCAAACGCGCGCUUAUCAUGAGCGCUGUUAAGAGGACGCAACUGAUUUUGCUGACUUCUGCGAGUACUCUGUUUAGGCUCGGUUAAAUGGAAUCGUAAUUAAACAAAAUUUCAUCAGAAAGGGUGGAAACCUUAAACCUAGCGCAAAUUCUGUAUUAAUGGAAUUGUAAAUAAUGGAUAGACAUACAUAACGGCAUUAGUAUUUAUAUUUGAAUGGAUUCAACAGGAUUGGAUAAGGAUGUGAAUUUCGGUUUGAAACCCGCAAGAAGACGUAAGCAGGUGUUUGCGGCUGCAUGCUUUCACUUUUUGGGUUAACAAUAGUUAAUGUAAACGCAUGCGUGGGUUCUAUUUAAUGUCAAGGCAAGUAAGCAGGUAACGCAGGCGCCUGAGCUUCCGUUUUCAUGCAAAGAACCGCCGAAAUCAAGGCUAAAAUUUAUCAUCAUGUUUCGUAAAAUUUGCCCAAAAUAUUUCAUAUAGUAUAACGUGAGACGUUUUGCCCCGGAUAGACGCCAGGUUAAAAUGACGUUGCGCCAACCCCCCUAAGCCGUUCCUCAGAUAGGGAGCGGUACGCUGGAACGCCAAAGCUUCAAUAUGACACCUCUCUAGCGUCGAGUCUUUUUGAUUUAGUUGAACAUACAACAGCCACAAAAUAGGAGGUAUCAGUUCACUUCAUCUUAAAGAGAAAUCGGAAGACGUGUGCUUAAAUAUCAAGAUUGAACUCUUCUUCAAACUGCAGAGAAAACGCAUGCGAUUUUGCACUAUUGAGCGGGUUCAGCCGCCAGUAACGAGCAUUUUUGCAACGGCAAAAACGAAUCUUCAUGAAAAAGGGGGCACUGUCAUUUUUUCCGAUGGUUUCCUUCUGCUUGGAUGUAAAAACUGCAUGCCAACGCCUGACAAAGACAACUUUUUGAGCAGAAAGUUCGCGUUUUUGGAACGUUGUCAUACUAUGGAAGAUUGGGCGCCUUAGUUUUGAUUGUGUUAUAUAACUCUGUGUUAGAGCAAAAGUGCUUUGUGCCCAUUCUAAGUAUGUAAUAACCGGACACAGGGUGAUUUCUAGUAUGCCUCGUUGACAAUUCCAAUAAUUAUCGAGUGCUGGAAAUCUUGCCGUCAGCAAAGUGUAAUAAAAAUGUGCCGGAAAUAGGGUUAUCAUAAAAUAAAAAACUAGCUUCCUCACCUUCACAACGCGGGUUACUAGAAUUAAUUUAAGCCUCCUUUUACCUUGGUUACGUAAUCUGCAUAUUUCAUAGAAAGGGAACUUCGUUUGCCGUAAUAAAGAAUAUAACACCCAGAUUACUGCAUUUAUUAUUUUGCUACGGUAGACUUUAAGCUCUCAACAGGAGAGGACUGUAAGGCGUUCAAUAAAAGCAAUGACCGCGGUAGGCUGAAGUCCGAAUUUGAACGCAGAAUGGCGUGUGCGCUGGCGAGAGUGUUAUGCCUAUAGACAUUAUAUAGUUCUCCGAUCGGCUUUGCCUUGGCAUAAAGACGACUAUAAGGACAUUCAGAGUACAUCGGUAAGGGAAGUGUUCGGUCUCAUGUAAUUAGCAUUCGGGGUUUCAGUUGGGAUAAGGCGGAAUCCUAAAUAAACUCCUCUCGAAAUGCAUCGGUUUUUGUGUCGUUUGGUGUUUGCUGGCAGUGAGAUCGCGGCGUUUGGGAAUUUAUUUUAACCUAAUCAGUUUUCUAUAAAUAAUAGCCUCAGGAUAGUUUGUCUGAACAUUUGGCGUUUUUGUAUCUAAAUAAUCUUACAAAAUUGACUUUGCCUUGGCACGAGACACGCGAAUGUGGCUGUGGAAGUCCACAGCCACGGCAACAGUAUCCUGUAAAUACUGCAAAAUCUGCGCAGCUCACUACUUUUUACUAAAAUAUUCCAGUGCAAAUCCGCAAUAACAGGCGAAUAACAACCUUGUUCCAAUCAUAGUGCGUCCUUCUUCACAAGUACUUCCUUGAAAGCGCCGCUCUGUUCCUUCUCAAAGGCAUGCAAGUGCUUCUUGGAGGCGAUCGUUCCUACUUCCAGUGUGGCAGGUAGUAUUAUUACUGAAUUGCAUUCAGGAGCUGCAUGGGAAGUUGUUUUGACAUGUCCAUAACGUGCAUCCACGUGGGUAAGGCAUACAGCCUUAUACAGCCUCAUCUUACAGAUUUCCUCUCUGAGUUAAGACAGCUGUUGCAUAUUUUACGAUGCCUUUCCUUAGGGCAUUUUGUAUCAAAGCACUUGUCACACAGGCUAGCAAUGACGUCAAGUCAACGAACCUAAUGACUUUGUUUAUGGAGUACUCAGAUCUUCCACGUCAAAACUGCUGGCUUUUAGCUGAUGUCCAGCAAAAUGAUUUGUUUAUUGACAUCGAUAAGAAAAAGGUGUGUUUUAGACACAAAUUGUGCAAAGAUUUUUAGAAAAAAAGCUAGUAAUCUAUCCAAAAUUUCCUCAGAGCCUACGCAACACAUAUCCAGAACAGCAUAUUUACUCGAUAACUAUGCAAAGGCGGCGGAUGUGAAACAGUUGUCACUUUGAAUUUCAUUUGUUUAGGGUAUGUUUUUACAGUGAGUGACCGAUCUCAUGAAAUGUUGACUGAGAUUCCGAAAAUGCGUUUUCGAUUGGAAAGGUUUACUUAGGCGCGGUUGUAUUACUGAUUAUCGUGCAUCAUAAUCCUAUAAUAUUUAGAACUUUGCAGGAGGAUAGCUGUUGAAUUUAUUGCCUUUUAAUAUCAUGUAGAAACUAGGCCUGUUACAAAAUGAGUACUUAAUUAUCAUGCAUUUUCCCCCAUGAAUUGUUGAUGGUCUUGCAAAGUCAAAUAUAUUUUGUAGAAACUACGAAAAAAAACAUGCUUUCUUUCGGUCGUCUGGUAGAGACUCACGCCGUCCUUGUAUUUAUUCUCGGAAAAGGAGUAUUAUAAUUAUACUCCUUUUUCGAGUUUGAGAUCCUUAGUCACUGUACUUGUUUCCUAGUAAACAUUGCUUAAAGAACAGAAGGAACUGUCAGAAAAGAUCGCUGGAAUAGGAACUGCAUUCUUUUGUAGUUUGGAACUAGUAUCAAAUCCGUUGCCAGUAUAUUCGGUCAGAUAAAUCUGGCAGACAUACGGGGGAUACAGUAGAAAGCAGUUGCAGCGUGACUGUCAGCUUACUGAAAUUGGCACCUUACUUAUCCACCACAGCUUGUUCAUCUUAGCAGAACGAUGUUCCAAACUUUUUGUGGGAGGUCACUGCGUCAGUUUACGAAGCGCGGUCCGAUAAGGCAUGACUCUAAUGACUCGCGAUCUACACAAUAGACACCUGCGUCUCGAUCCUGCCUGUGAUUGCUCCCCAACAAUCAAAGCUCAGCUUGAGAUUCAGUCCUAUUUCUCUCCAUUGCUAAUGCAUAUUGGGUCAUUUGUAUCACGCAAUGUCCUAGUUUUUAGAAGACUAGCUAGUUAGCAUAUGCCUCCUUUCGAUAAAUUCUCGCCAUGCCACUGCAUUUAUAGAGGAACAGGAUGUGGUUCAAAACAUGGCAGCGAUUAGUGCAAUCAAUUAAGGUUCGUUUUAGAUAACAGGUGGAAUGAGAGCGGAAGGAUGCAGAGGGUUGCACGCAGCAAGUGCGGAAUCUGAAUGAGGUUCUUCUGCGCGCACAAGGCUGUCUUUCCUAACCUGAUGGCAGUCGUGUCUGUUGUUACUAACAGACACUGGCUCAAUGGCCCAGGAUAGCUCGAGGGAACCCUGCAAAUCACACGAAAAUCUUUGCUGGAGCCCGUAAAAUGCUCGUAACGAAGGGUAUGCGCGAGAAUAACACUGUUUGUUCUCCUAUUUACGCCAAUUCCUAGUAAUGUCGGGAAGUAUUCUCGUAUCUGUUUGGAUAGUCGCCAACUCGUACGAACAACACAACCUGCUCCAUAGUAGCAAGUGAGGGAAUAGGUGUGCAUUAAGGUGGCUAGGGGUGGCAGCCUACUCUUGCCUUCUAGGCGUAAAAUAUGGUUAGCAGAGAAUAAUAUUCGAAGCCUUCCUGCUGGGCAGGUUCAUGCAAUAGCUUGAUCAAGGCGUCUUCUUAGGCGUUUUCUAGCAGCAUUCCAUCGAAAAGGGACUUUGAGAAACAGAAUUUUCUCUUCGGGUUCUUCCGGCCUUUCGGCGAUAUUCGCUGCCAUAAAUCUGUCAGAGUGUCCAUUUUCCUGAAUAUGUCUACAUUCUCCCCCCCCCUCGGCGCCGUCUGUCGAGCAGAUUUUUCCAGCUCACUGCGCCAAGCGCCGGACUAGAUUUAUUUCAUGUUAGAAAAAUGCGAAACUGCCAACGUUCAUGUGCGGUCCAGACCAAGUUUUCUUCCGGUGGGCCCUCAUUCGAAUGACACCAUCAGGUCUCCUGUCUAAAAAGACAUCUAAGAAAGGGAGCAAUCCAGCCAUUUCCAUCUUCCACGCGAACAUGAUUGAGAGAUGCACCUGAUUUGCGGAAUUUAAGAUGGUAUCUACGCUGAUUUCUGUGGUGCCAAUUUCAAGGGUGCAUCAAAGAAACGACCGUAAUGUUUGAGCUUAUUCAAAUUUCGGUCGAACUGACCUCUAAACAGGGCAUUCAAACGGGAAACGCCUAUAACAUGGGCCGCUUUGAGUCAACGCCCAGAGGAAUUAGAAUUAGGUUUAAGGUUAGGGUUAGGCAAUUGGCUAGGUUUGAGGCUAGAUAUAAAGAUAACCACUAGGUAAGUCGAUAUCAGAUUUGAGGCCAAGGUCAGGGUCAAGAUUAGGAAAACAGUUUACAGUAGAUGCGCUAACUCAUGAAAUGUCAACCAAAAUUUCGAAAUGCGUUUUCGUUUCGAAAAGAUAAAUUAAGUAGUGUUGUAAAAUUAAUCAUGAUGCAGCAUAAAUCUAUAAUGCUCCAGUUACCUCAGGGUGUCGGCUUUCGAAGUAACUUAUUUGCGACUGCAUGCAAGAUCUAUACUCUGCAAAAAAUGACUACUUAAGUAGUAUGCAAUUUUCCCAUUGAUUUUCGAUGCCCUUGAAAAUUCAAUUAUAUUUCAUGGAAAACAUGCAUAAAAAUAUUCAUUCUUUUACUUAUAAAGAUAACCAUUAGGUAAGUCGAUAGCAAGUUUGAGGCCAAGGUAGAAAAUAGAAGCAAUUGCAGAGUAAAUGAUAGGUUUAUGGUCAGGGUCAAGAUUACGGAAACGGUUUAGUUCUCUACUAUAGUCAUUUCUGAGGCUAGAACAUGAAGAUAUUUUGUCCAUUCCGGACACCUUGAUUAUCUGGAGAGACACACCUAUUCCUACGUCCUCGUUAGAGGGCCAUACAAGUCCUUCCUACCGCAAUUUCUGCAGCUUACCCAUAAACACAUCGGCUAGUAGAACUCGAAGAGGCGUGCAUGCUUUGUUCGCAACGACAUGGGAUCUGGUGAGCGCAUGCAGACGUUUACAGUCGUGGCAGUAGAUAUUUCUAUCUCACUACCCAGCUUAUGAUGGUUCCUUCUGGUCUAUUUGUUAUUCCAAAUUCGAUUUCGUUUCGGCCCUAGCUGAUCACUUUGCGGCCUCAUCCGAGCAAACUUUUGCGCUAGUGGGACUAGCAAAAAAAACUUGCUCACUGUUUUAUGCAGAUAAUCGUACGUUCUGUUUAUUACUGAAGUAAUUCUGGCUCAGUGACGGAUUUCAAAAGGGAAGCAAUUGUAUCUUGUUCUCUGGUUGGUCAAAGGAAACAAGAAUAACUCAAACAGCAUGUGACUAUUUCAGCCAGCGGACAAGCCAAGAGUAACGAAUUUACUGAAAAGAUGUGGGUUUGCCCACUUAGUCAUGGGCUCUGUUUGUCUGAAGCUUUGAAUUCUUGCAUGAAAUUUUUAUAGAGGCGCGAUUACAAUUCAGUGUUUUGUAUGGUUCAGUAAAACCCCUAAAAAGUGCUUACUGGCUGUAUAAAGCAGGUAUUAAGUAAUUAUUUUGUGAGUUUUUUACUAAACGCAUAAUUAGCUCUGUUCGAUCAAGACAAAGAACAACCAGUUCGCAAAAACUAUGGUAUAUGAAGUUGGAAGUUUUAACUUAUAUAAUUCUGCCGUGCUGGUCCUAUUUUGGUUGAUUAAUGGAUUUUUUAAUGUCUUUGCGCAAGGAAAGCAGUUUUUCUAAGGUAAGCGACGUAAGUUGUUUUAUUAAAGUCCACAACAAAAAAGGUUUUAUUAGAAUUUCAGAUACCCCGCCGGGAAUACAAGGUAUAAAAAAUGUCUCGAAAGUAAAAGUUGUUAGUUAUUUUGCAAGGUGAGAAUCGCAAUGAGUUCCUUUGAAACUUGCCGUCCUCUUUUAAGCAGUAUGUUUUUUCAAUUAACUUAUUUCUCCAACUUCCUAGAGUGCCCAUUUGAGAAUUUGCAUCCCAACGUCGUCGUUUGGUGCGUGGUUCGCUGUCCGAAUAAAAUAAAUGUUUGACGUAGUAAAGUAAUUUGAGAUGGCGAAUAGUGCAUAUCGUCAAUGUUUCCGUUCUAAACUUUCGCACUCAUUGCCCAACAAUUAACUUAGCAUUUUCAUCUUACAGUGUGCAAGUAUGCCAAUAAUCCUAAUAGGAUGGUUAUAUUUCCGCUCGCUAACAGGUCCCACACAAGAUCAGUUUCAUAUGCACCACCUUUGAGCUGGCGUCAAGCGAGCCUGAACUCGCUUGGUCUGACCUUGAAGUUGAGAUCUCACAGGACAUGACCACCGCAGCCAUCGCCACCAACACCGUCGGUGCGGAGAUUCCCCGUGGCGCCACCUUCACCAUCAUUACCCACGAGCGCGGUGAGCUACCCUUCAGUGCCUAUGAUCGCAGCAUCCACACCAUGAUCACCCCCGCCACCCAGAUUUCAAUUUACUUCUCCAAGUCCGUCACUCGACGCAUUAACACUGCUCGCAACCCCUGUCACGAGGGUCCCGACGCUAUUUGGAUGUCCAACACGCGGGUCAGUCCGGAUGAUCCGACCGACGGCAACCACGCGGAUAAUGCCACCGUGGUGACAACGACUGGCGACGCAGGCGUCCGCUUCCUGGACUUCCUCGACCAGCGUCGAUUGAGUCUGAAGAAACAGCGCGCCUGGCCCACGUCGAAUCUGCCCUAUCUGCUGACCGUACCAUUCAGUCCGCCCGGCCAAAGUUUGGGCGCCUCCGUGCUGAAGAAUGUCUUUGGAGUUGGAUCCAAGGAAGUCCGGGGCACUGGCGCCACCAACGAUGGUGGUGGCAGCGGCGCCGGCGGCGGCGGUGCCGUCGACCGCUCCCUGACGGUACGCCUAUUCAACACGGAGCUGCUGUACAGCCGUGAGGCCUGUGGCUGGGCCGUGUGCUGCCAUAAGGUGGCACGCAACUGCAACUGCACCUGUUCAAUGGACUGGCUACUCUUCACCGGUACUGAGACCUGUCCGGCCAUGGAGUGUGAAAAACACGAGUGCACCGACUCACCCAUCCUCUAUGACCAGUGUCCCAUGCCCUGCGUGACGGUGAAGUUUAUAAAACAAAACUCCCUGGUGAUUGGACCGGCGGACUCCGGUCUGCCAAGCAAUGUCUCCCUGAUGAAACUGCUGCGCAGUGAGAACGUCCAGGUGGCCACAGAGGAGGAGAUCUACUCCUUGGCGAAGCUCUUCUCGGAGAUCGGCGGUCUCUGCUCCCUCUUCAUCGGCUUCAGUUGCAUCUUCAUCUUCGAACUGCUGGAGGCUAUGCUCCUGUUCAGGUCGGACAAGCGGGGACUGAGGGCGUUGACGGCGCAGCAGCCACCGCCGGUGUACUGCUGUUCGGGCGAGGCGGCCUCCGCUCCGACGCGGAACGGCGGGCGGCGGAAAAAGUGCGUGGCGAUGGCACUGGAGGAGAACUCGGUCGUCCAAAAGUCUGCACCCAAGCCGGAGACGGCGUGUAGAGAUGUUAUCAGUGAGGAUGACAGAGGGGCCAUGGAGUUGGAGCGGAAGGAGUGUGUGACGAUCACGGUAGUCAUGCGAACGAGUUCACUGGAUGAAUGUAAGCUGCCAACCCCCUUGGAUAAUGAGGUCGCGCAUCGUACAGUAGAUACCUACCCAUUGGCGGAUUCACAAGGCGAGUCUUGGAUAAUAUUUUUCUGCUCUAACUUUUACUGACACAAGGCGUUAUCUCCAAACCUGAGGGUUUGAGGGGCAGACCUGUUUAAAUGCCACUUAUAAUGGCUAUUUUUUGCAGUUUCACAACUUUUUUUCUAGUUCUUACGAGAUUCCAGCAGCCGAUUCGUGUCAUCUAUUUUAGUCCACGGCCUUCCUUGAUGCUGAACGACUUUAAUUCCCAUAAACCGUUUUCUACACGCAUAGACUACAGGUACAUCUCUUCAUACCCUAGUAGGCAGCAAUGCAUUCCAGCGGAAUGCACACGCACACGCGCGGUGUUUUCCAAUUAAAAUACUCAAUGUGUUUAAACUCCAAAAUUCCUUGGGAAUUCUUCUGUGAUUAUUCCUGGCCGCAAACUAAAUCUAAGUAAAAUCGAUUUUUGACCGAUUGUGCCUGAGAGCACGACCACGCUCCUUGUCCUUGUUUAAAGUUGACGCGGGUACAUGGGAGCAUAACGUGUUUCACCAGUGUCAUCAUAUCGAACUCCUUCGAAUGUUCCAAUGAAUUUGCACUUACCCACAAAAUAAUAUUUUAAGUGUCAACGAAUCUCUUCCUAAGUAUAGCUGAAAGGAUAAGUGAAGCUGAAUGGUCGGUACAAAUGUAGCAUGAUUUGACGAUGACUGGCAAUCAAAAAACCAUCUCUAGUGCAGGCAUUAUGGGAAUAAUAAAAUUUCGAAAGCAGCGACGAAUCUGUAUAGAUAUGAGGGUUCCGCCUACAGGUCCAAGUGUUGGUAGUAUAUAGUUAAUCGCAUCAACUAUAUAAAUAUGGAUGAUUUAAAACUUCGUGAACAAUUACGGUUUUUUUACACCAAUGGUAGGCAAAUCCUUGCCAUGGGACUGGAAAAUGCUAAUGUAAGUCGUGUCGAUCCUCCAUUGACAUGCUUGGUGGAUUCAAAUCCACUUUUAGCUUUCAAACCGACUAACGUAUAAUCAUUCAGCCCGCCAGUGGAUCAAACCUAACAAACGAAAAUAUUCGGACAGAAAUUGGAGAAUACGAAUUUCCACUGCCUGAUCUUUUAUAUAGAUCAGUCGAAACACAGCCCCUUGUAGGUGUAACUGCUGACGUCAUUGAACUUCGUGGACAUGAAGUGAAUAUAAAAUUUAUUACUUUCCUGCGCAAGGCUUCCCCCCUCUUUCUUUUCCGUAAAAGCUGUUCUCCAGAACUUCCGAAAACAGUGGAUGCUUUUGCUGUACAAAUGUCUCCCGUGAGUAUAAACAGAGCAACUUUCGGCCAAAGUUGGCAAAAAAUAUUUUCAAAGAAGCCAAGAUCCUUUUCUGUCGACAGAAUUUGUUUUACGAAGUCCGUAAAGGUGGCGAAAGGGAAUCGACCACAAGCACGUAUUACGAAUCAGCAGGCUUUUUGUACAAAGAAGACCCAUGCUGGUAUUUUUAGAUACUGGCAUAAACGCAUAGGCCCCUGUUUUGAAAACACUGCUAAAUUCGGAUUUUCUCACAAGUAUAGACUGCGCAAAAAUCAUGUUGAUUUCUCGAAACUUUCUGAUGACUUUCUGCAUCCAUCCGUCGGUCAGAUGUGGUUAUAUAGCCGCAUCUGAGGCAAACAGACCCCAGCCACCUGUUAUACGGGACCGGUGAUAAUGGGUGUUUAUACAGGUGGGGCUUGGGGACUCACAGGCGACGGAGUCAAGCAAUUGUAUGCAAAAUUUAUUGGGAAUGCUCGGUUGUACUUUGAGUGGUUGAGGAAUAGUUGCCCUAACCAUAACCCCUAACCCCCUAGACAUUAACCCUCACUGCUAACCCUAAAUCCAACACCAAAAGUAUUGAGACCAUCAGGAGGGGCUUCAAAACCACGUCUUACCCGUCCUCCGACAUCAUUGGCUGAGCAUCAGAAACAGGGGUAAGGAUGGGGUGAAGAUUCCCAAACAUCUGUGGCAUAUAAAGAAUACCUACUUGAGUGGGUUUCGUUUUUCAUCGUACAAGGUUAGGUCGUCUGGUCUAGACGGUCUGGUGCAUUAUCCACAAUGAACUCAGUUCAGAGACUUGAGAGACGAUCGUUGUGUACACUUUAUGUUUAUUUUUUAAUUGUCCUGCUUAAUUGUGUUUGUUAUAUGUCAAUGCAUUAAGAUUCUUCCGCCCGUAAGACAAAUUUACCAAUUAUUCAUACUGAUUUUGCCAGUCCACUAUGAAUGUAUAGGUCGCGGACGUAAAACCCCUGUGGCCACCUUUCCCGUAGGACAGACACCCUUGACUGGUCGUGUGUGUGUUUGGAGUCCGUCAUCCGAUCGUUGCCGAAACAGGUUGAUGAGACAAGCCCUCCAGUAGACGGGUAGAGCAGUCAGCUGGGAAGGCCACGCGAGAUGUGAGAAUCCGGUGAGGCCAGGAAGCGUUAAAUGCCUUCCUCAGGUUUGGUCUAAAGACUGCUCUGCGUGGUUCAGUUAUGCAAUAGCGCAAGCUUAUUAUGCUAAACCAGUGUAAUCUCUUAUCUCUCAUGGUCAUGCUAAACAUAUUACGCUGCCAGCGACAGUCGUUUUGAAGAUGUUGAGCGUCAAGGUAAAGGAAUAAUUAUCAAUAUUUAAUAGCUAUUUCUUCAUACAGACAGGUAAAAAUCACGCCGGUGGAGAUAUCCAUAAGCAGAACUAAUAAAGGCUUCAAUAUCCUAGUGCUACAGGCUUUAGCAUGGAGGUUCCCUAUGGCGCAUGCUUGGCGGUUUAUUGAGACUGACGCUCUCUAAUAUAAACCAAAUAUCUUUUACUCGGAGCAACCAUUCUUCGCAUUUGGUAGCAAAGUACGUCUUCAUUUUUCGUUUUUGUGAAAGGGCUGCAUUUCAUGUGUAAAUAUUUCUCAAUUCCUGAGUAAUAAUGAGCAUUAUUAGCAUUCGCAAUCGCUUUUCAGUUUUCCGAACUGCAUGAUGUAGAUUUCCAAUUUGAAAGAAAUUUUGCAGUUUUUCUUGUUAGAUAGGGAAUACUACGCGAGGCUCGUCAAACUGCGCACUACUGAAUGGAGAGUUUCAAGAAGUGUUAUCUUAAUUGACAUUUCAUUUGCUCAGACAUUUCACAAUUAAUGAUUCUUUUAAACUGUAAGCCACACUUUAAGUUGCUAACUGGCAGAUGUAAUUCCCUACCAAAUAAGUACAAGUAGGGGUACUUUCGCGUAUGUUUUUUGCGAAAUAUGUUAGAAAUUAUAAGAGCAUUAAAAAUCAGUCAAAAUCAUUGAUACAGGUCGAGUAGUCAUUUCUAACGGAUCUGAAAUUUGUUUUCAUUUCGAGAGAAAUCUCCCAAACGUCGAGGUCUUGAAGUGAAAGAAAUAUCCUGCACUCUAAGCAAAAUUAUAACUACACCUACGCAGACCCAUCUGAUUUAGCCGCAUUCCAAAUUUUUGACUAACAUUUUAUCAGGGUAAGCUCUUCCCCUGUAAUGCUUCCAAAAACCUAGGACGGGAUUACCGCUCAAAUUACGGAGGCCAGGUAAGGAAGAGGAAAACUGAUUGCGGGCUUGACCCAUUUAUUUCUUUUACCGGGUCAUCGAGCUGAAGUUCACUAUCAGGGGGCGAGGGCUGAGCUAGAGCCGGUAGAGGGAUUCUGGAUCAUCAGCCAAUCAGUGGUCAGUGUCGCAAGUCUGCGCAGGCAUCGCCAUGCUAAUGCAGGAUUGAGUCCUCAUCAGGGGCCCAGGUUUCAUUGAAAUCCCCGUCUGAACAGUUGUCCCGAUGGCGCAAAAUUGAACUCGUGACUGAUUUUGAGGGCGCAAACAGCCGCCUGUGGAUAUUCAUCACUCCAUCCCACAGUCAGUUUAUGCUCAUGCUUGCGCUAUCCGAGUUUUCAUCUGUCCUGACCUGUGUUAUUACAAACGUAGACAUGGGGGGAUUUAAUCGGGUCCUUAAUUAUUAUGACCUUGCUGCAGAUGGUAGCUUUAUGCCGAUGUCAAAUUCCAACACCUAGGCUUGCGGCAACGUGCUCGGUCUGCAAUAUCAAGUCUAGCCUACUACUACCUGGAAAGCGUUAUCACACGGCUUUUUUGUGGGCCAUAGAAUUGUUUAUAUGAAGGCUUGGGAGCCAUUCAGUGUUCGUCGGCAUCCCGUAAAUUGGUAUUUAUCCUGGUCAUUUGUUGUGUGGACCAGGGGGUGUGAUGGAACGCCAAGGUGAGGAUCCGUCCGAGUUAUCCACCUGCGGCCUCCUUCGUCUCCGGUCAUCUUGACUCUGUCUUGACACCGGGCUCGAGCGAGGGAGGAGGAGAGAGUGUAGGUAGAUGCUACGCAAGUCUACCGGCACUAUAAACCCCUGCGUAAGUCACCGUACCUGCUCCCAUUGCUGCUGCAACUGUGGGGCACACGAUGGACAUCAGCGAAAUCGAUGGUGGAACUGUCAAAAAUUGGCAUUUUAAUUUCAUUGUUGGGACUUUGUUUUGGAAAAAACAAUCAGGACGCACAAAUGUAGAUAAUUGGCUUCAUUUUUGCUUAAUUAUAUAUCUACACAGACUUGGUUAUGUGAAUUUUGGAGUAUCCUUUCUAAAGAUAAACCAACGUGUGUCGUUUACCUACCAGUUCCCGUUUGCCGUAUUCAAUUUUACUUUGAAUGGAAAUAAAUAUGCACUGUAUGCCUUUACCAACGACACCCCAUCUACACCAUGAGCUCUUCACCGAAAUUCCGAAAUGCGUUUUCGUUCAGAAAGGAUUACCUAGAAGGGGUUGGAAAACGUAUUAUCGCGCAGUCUAAUCUUAGGACAUUAAAGUCAAAGUAGGAGCUUCUAAAUACGCUGUUUUCCGGUGUCCUUCAAAAUCUACACUAGGCAAAAAUGGACUACUGUAGCUCAAUGGACUACUCCAACUGAGUUCCAGUGCACUUAUAAAUUCCAAUGUAUUUUAUGAAAACCACGCACAAAGAUAUUCCUUUUUGCACCCAUUUGGUAACAUACCACGUCUUCUGAGAAUGACAUACUCAAGAAAAGGAGGGCCGUAGGUUUUAAAAAACUUUGUAAAUUCUCGAAUGGUUCAAACUCUGCAUGCAGUCGUAGUUGGCACAAGGUUUUCUUAUUACAUACUGUAUACUUUCUUCGUACGAAAAUAGACUUCUUAGUCCACGCGCUUGAAAAGACUUCAUAUAGGGCUCACAAUAUUUUCAAUGACCAUGGACCAUGUCAUAUAGCUCAUAAACAGCAAUAAUAAAGGGACAUGUAGGACGCUGUAUGAAUGGAAAUUGAAAUCCCUUAAAAAUCGCAUAAUUGCGAACUUUAUACAGAGAGAUUCAUUUUCAGUUUUAAAGGGCAGGUGACUAUAAAAAAGCUCAUUCUAAAUACUCUUCAUUGUUUAGUUUACACGGACAGAUAUAUGUGGGAGGUAUCUAAAAACUUCAGUUAAAUUAAAACCCCAAAACUUUAAGUCGAUUUUUUGGAAAAAACACGGAAAAUUUGAUGAGAAUAUCCUUAAUAGCAGAUAAAGUUUAGAUGAAAAUGGGAGCCUUUAACUAUUGUCGAUUUUUAUUUCCUCAGAAAUUAUCUACGAAGUUGCAGUAGAUCAGUUUAAUCAAGGCCUAAGUGCUGAGACCGAGAUUUUUUAAACAUAUUAGGGCCAAAGUCCAUCAACCACAGCGGGCAGCUAGUAGUAUACUUUAGGGCAAAGUGGUACUAUACUAACAGCACAGGUACUUGACAAAAACCCAUGGGCUAGUAUGCUGGGAGACCCCCUGACGAGCCGAACCCCUCGCAGCUGCACCAUUCAGCUGCAGAACAUCGGCGAAAUACACGCGUAUGGGUUUUGGCUAGAACAUGUGCUGGUAGUACGGUAUCACAUUACCCUAAAGCCUUUAGCUAUAUUAGGACGGGUAAAAUUAUUUAGAUCAUCACCGGAUUUUCGGUCGAGUAGGAGAACUCGUUUCCGGACACUAGCAAUGCCAGUUUUUUGCUGAUUUAUAGUAGCUUGAGAACAAGAACUUUGACGUGCUUUUGCUGUUGGUUUUGAAGUGAAGUAGGUUAGUGUUUAAGACCUCCUCAUCCUUGACGUCCCCGUUCCACUCGGUUGACUUUGUGCCUGGAGCGAAGUUCGUUUUGACCAACCUAAUUGUGCGGUUUUAACGUCCGCUUUGCAUACGGCAGGUUGUAUUCCUGCAGGUAGCAGUUAAACGUGUCUGUUUGCUGAACUACUGCUAUUUAAACCUAAAUUAUUUGGACUAACAGACGUUUGCCAGAGGAUGAGCAGAUAAUGCUGUUGUUCCUGCGGCUAAGUGGCGUUGGGCGUGGUAAUGUGUUCUGUAAUUAGUGUCUUCUGACGCAGCAGUAUUUGGUGUUAGUAAUUACAAGUACCGUUUCUAAAUAUCGACGACUAUUCACUUAUUUAAAAAAGAUUCUCAGCUAGUUUGCGAUAAAACCAGUCUCUAAUAGUAUUGGGGAGAUGUAACGGCAUGGCGUAUUCCGAGGCCAACUCAUCUGCAAAAGCAAACUCAAAGAGGGUCAUGAGAUACAGUGAGCGACCGAUCUCAUGAAAUGUUGGCUGAAAUUCUGAAAUGCGUUUUCGAUUAGGAAGGACUACUUGGUCGCGGUUGUGAUACUGAUUAUCUUAAGGCAUACUAUUGUAAUAUUGUAGACUCCGGAGGAUGUUUGCUUUUAAAUGCACUUCUUUUCAAUCUCCUAUAGAAAGCGUGCUUAGUGAAAAAUGACUACUUAAGUAGCAUGCCUCUUUCCCAUUGAUUUUCGAUGGUUUUGGAAAAUCAAAUAUAUUUUAUAGCAACCACAAACAAAAAUAUGCCUUAUUUUAGUCAAUGAAUAGAAAAUCACGUCUUCUUUAUAUUUUAUACUUAAGGAAGGAGUAUAAUUAGGUUUUAAAAAAGUUUCUUAUUAUGACACUUUUUAAGACCGCGAUAUGUUCGUUCAAAUAGCAUCGUACCUGUCCAUUUACCACUGCUUCUCAUGCAAUGAGCAACAUGGUCCGCAUGCAUUGCAAAAUUUUAUGGACCCUGUAUGAUAUCUUUUUAAUGACAUAGAAAAUAUGGGAUUUUCUUUACGGGGAACGCGUGCACCUUGUAGAGUGUAACCACUUAACGCUAAUGUAACGAAUGAUCAGGCUCCAAAUUUUUCGGCAAUUAGAAAACUUUUUUAAACCUAAUUAUACUCCUUCCUUAAGUAUAAAAUAUAAAGAAGACGUGAUUUUCUAUUCAUUGACUAAAAUAAGGCAUAUUUUUGUUUGUGGUUGCUAUAAAAUAUAUUUGAAUUUCCAAAACCAUCGAAAAUCAAUGGGAAAAAUGCAUGCUACUUAUGUAGUCAUUUUUUACAGAGUUGGCUUUCUACAGGAGAUUGAAAAGAUGUGCCUUUAAAAGCCGGCAUCCUGUCACGUCUAAAAUGUUAUAAGAGUAUGCCUUAAGAUAAUCAGUAUCACAACCGCGACCAAGUAAUCCUUCCUAAUCGAAAACGCAUUUCAGAAUUUCAGCCAACAUUUCAUGAGAUAGGUCACGCACCGUACAGACGUCGAAUUCAAAGGAUACAGUACCUAAACAAGUGCCAGCUUUUCAAAGUGAAAGCCGCGUUCCGGGCGUGUAUUGCGGAGAUUUUAGGGCAUUGCUCGUAAAUGGUGCCAUAGAUUCUUGGUCGGCAGUUCUUGUGCCAUUCAAACACGCGUACUCUCUCUCUCUCUCUCUCUCUUUUUAUCGCAUGGUGUCCCUAACUUGAUCUCCCUUCGUCGACCAGAUUGGAUUGUCACAGAUUGGCACGCCCUUGUGGAGGAGUAAAUGGCGUACAUCACACCUGCAAAACGGUUGUUUGUAUGUUCUGUGUGUGGUCAGAAAGCUUCUGUAGUACGGCGUCUGCACGAGGUCGACUCAGUCUGACCACUUACAGAAGCUGCAGAAAUAGACGACGGUAGGACAGGGAAAUGCAGUUUCCUAAUAUUAGUUUCCAGGGGAGAGUUCCUAUUCUCCUGUCAAAAUGUUAACCCUAAACCGAACCCUCCUUGUCCAAAACGUACCAAUAACACGAAACCCCAUAGAAACUUCCUCAACCCCGGCUCACAACCCUAAUCCUAACACCAGCAGGGACCGUACUGGUGAUUCAACCGUCGCUUCGGAUGAUGUCCACCGUGUGUCCUGCAGCCAGAUGAAGCAGGCACGGUGACUUGCGGUGACCUGUAUUUCCCAGCGAGAGGACAGACGCAUCCACUGGCAGGGAACCAGCUGUCAGCGCACACCAGACUGAGAGAGCCAUGGCUUCCAGAGCCUGGCCUAGUAGACUCUUACAGAUCCUUAGGUUCAGAAGGGUAACACGCCGCCCUGCAUUUGCCUGGGACGCCAUCCUUCAAGGUAGGACAACCAAACAGUCGUCAAUUGAGAGGCACUACCCAUAAAGCACACCUCCACACUCCUAACGUGCGUGAGAGUGUCACGGUGCAGGUGAGACGGCGCCGUGACAGCCUGGCUCUCCGCCUACCAGUCUGCCACUCCACACAAACACACACACAACUGGGCAGACUGCGUGGACUGAGUUGAGUCAGCGACCUUCCAAGUCACGGCUCUUGACGCACUUUCACAGUCUCGAAUCACGCAUGCAGCCGCAUGGAGAAGGAGCCCAAAUGCGUGGGAGGUGGCAAUUGCGUCUUUGUGGGGGGCGAUGGUGGCGGUGGGAGGUACGGGUGCUGCUGGCGGAAAGUGUGAUGAUGUGAUGUAGCCGGCGGUUGUCUACCACAGGUUAGCGUGAAUGCGCAUGUGUCCAAAUGGGCCCGCUUCGAGAUUUAGGGCUAGACGUCCUGCAGUACGGGGAGGUCCGUAUUACAGACGGCAAACUUUGUGACCGCGAACCGUGACGGCAGAUACAGUCUCACUUGAAAAGCCCAGCGAACGCUGAGAACGACUCUUCCAGGGAAAAUUACCGAACUGCCGGUCAUGAUGUGCAUUUUGCCCACGAUUUACGCAUGGACACUUUCACUGCAGAUAAUCAGAAGAAGAAGAAGAAGAAGAAGAAGAAGAAGAAGAAGAAGAAGAAGAAGAAGCGAUCGCCCAUCUACCGCACUUUGCAAAUGACCUAA